GACACCGCAAGUAUAAUACCAUCGCCUCGUCCAAAACCCAGGGAAUCAAAACCCUAGGUCGCGCGACGCAGAGGGGCGAGGGGGAAGAGGCCGCUUAGGAACACAGCGAACGCCACCACGCAAUAAGAUGCCCAAAUCCAAGCGCAAUCGACCAGUGACCUUGUCUAAGACAAAGAAGAAGGGGAGGGAGCACAAAGAGGCUAUAGUGAAUGCUAUAAAGCAGGCAGUAGAAGAUUACAGUAGUGCUUAUGUUUUCACUUUCGAGAAUAUGAGAAAUCAGAAGCUCAAGGACUUCAGAGAGAAGCUAAAGUCAAGCAGCAGAAUUUUCCUGGGCUCGAAUAAAGUGAUGCAAAUUUCUCUUGGGCGGUCUGCGGCAGAAGAAGUCAAACCAGGCAUUCAUAAACUCUCUAAGUUGCUUCAUGGUGAUUCUGGACUUUUUUGCACUAAACUCCUGAGAGAAGAGGUUGAAAGAUUAUUCAGAGAAUUUGAAGAGCAUGAUUUUGCAAGGACAGGGAGUAUUGCAACAGAAAAGAUAGAACUAAAAGAAGGGCCACUGGAACAGUUCACUCAUGAAAUGGAACCUUUUCUCCGCAAACAGGGGCUUCCAGUUAGAUUAAAUAAAGGGGUUGUCGAGUUAGUUUCGGAUUUUGUUGUGUGCGAGGAAGGGAAGCCUCUUUCACCUGAAGCAUCUCGCAUACUGCGACUACUUGAAGUGAAGAUGGCAACCUUUCGCCUCCAGCUCGUCUGUCGUUGGUCUCCUGACGACUUUGAAGUCUACAGAGAAGGCUUGGAUCUUUCAGACAUCGAGUCCUCUUAAAAGAGCUCUUCUACUUACCCGCUUAAAGUUAUAUAGCUGGGCCUCUCUGUCCUCAGAGUGAGAUCCAAAUGCAGUUGAUUUUUGUCUCUCCUGGGCGCACAUCGAGAGGAUCAAUAUAUAUAAACUGCGUUUGUUUCGAGGUUUAUCUUCAUGUAAUCUAUCUCUGCGGAUCUAAGGAUGAACUCGUGCACCCUAUACUGGAAUGUAAUCGAGCCUUUAGCAUGUCAAAACUGUUAGUUGCUCUUUGUUUUCUUUAGAUGGCCUUCCUAAUUUAAAUUAUUUUGAGUGUAUUAUUAUCUUGAGCGAAUAACUUUGAUGAUAUAAUGUGUGCUCAAGGAGUAAUAUGCAAAAUUCUAGUAUGUGUUUGUUUAACUGUAUCAAUACAGAGGCUUGUGGUUUUGGAUCA